AUGGCAAAAUUGAGUAAAUGUAAGCCUGAAAAUAAUAUAAAAGAUAUUAAAUUAGAUGAAUUAAAAAAGAGGAUAUUUUCGUAUAUUUAUUUUAAAAAUAUUGAUAAAAUUAAAAAAAUUAGUAAUUCCAAAAAGCAAGAUGAUUGCACUAAGCAUUUAACAUAUCUUGAGAAUUUUAAGUCAUUACACGAUAAGUAUAAGAUUGCCCAAUGCGGGUUAUUUUCUUGGACGAAUAUAACUGACUAUUUUUCUUGUAAUCAUAAGCAUGAGUUAACGUCUCUUAUAUAUAAAUUAGGAAAAUGCAAAAAUGGAGAUAAACCAGAUCCUAAAGCACUCCCUGCUGGCAAGGAAAAGGAUAAAGUUGUUGCAGGUCAAGCACCUCUAGGAGGUCAAAAAGUUUCAGAAGGUACAGCAGGACCAAAAGCUUCAGUAGUCGCAACAAGCUCAUCGAGUUCGUCACCUGCUGCAACUACAUCAACUGUGUCAAGUCCAGUGGCCACAACUCAACCAGGAAAAACAACAACAACAACAAGUAUAGUAUCUACAGGGACUACAGUAACUACAGUAACUACAGCAAGUGCACCACUUACAGUGACUCCCGUAACUGCGACAAAGGCAUCACCUAUUGUGACUGCAGUAACUACAACAAAUACAGCCACUACAACCAAUACGGUAACUACAACAAGUACAAGAAGUUCGUCAAGUCAAGGAAGACCAUCAUUAUUCUCAUUUUUAUUAGGUCCAUCAAGGCCAACAACAUCAGAACGAGCAUCAUCUUUAGGGGCAUCACAAACUUCGUCAAGUUCAUCAAGAGCAUUGGGUAGCAGAGCUUCAGGAAGUUCAGUAAUUACAACAAGUACACCAAGUGCAAGAGGUUCAAUAAGCUCAACAGGUCAAGUAGGUCAAGGAGGAUUAACACGUGCACCGGCUGCAGCAGCCGUAACUGAAAAAUCUUUGAGUCACCCGUCUCAAGGAAGCCCUGGGUACGCUCUUAACCCAGUAUCAUCAUAUAAUUCAAACACUGGGGGAGAUACAAACCAUGUUACCAUUACGGAUGUUCCUGGUACUUCAGAAACGUUAUAUGAUAAGUUAGACUCAAAUACUGUUAAAAAUAUUAUCAUGGCUGCAGCAGUACUUGGAAUCAUAUUCUUCCUUUUCUACUACAAUAGGUCUUCUCGAAUAGAAUCAAGUAUUAAGCCAAAAAAACGGAAAAAAAAACCAUUUGAGCAUAAUUAUUACGAAGAGUAUGAAAAGGAGUUAGCGAAAUAUGAAUCAGAAAAUGAGUCUUUAGAUUCUCUAGAAGAUCGAUAUUAUUUGACUUAUCAACCUGACCAAGACUCUUACUACUAA